CAACGGAAUGGCAGUGGAGUUCCUGAAUCACUGAGGCAUGAAAGGAAACAACAUAGUUUAAUGUGUACGGCUUGCGUGUUUUGAAACACGAAAUCAGACUCAUCUUGUCAUUCCCUCAUCACGAGUUCAGUACAAAGUAUACAAGGCAUAUACUUUUCGCCAUGUCGUUCAACAUCACCAGUGUUUACGAAUACAACAACGCAUUUGCCCGUCUGUACAUGCCGGUCAUUGUAUUCCUCGUUGUUCUCUUGGCUGUGGGUGUGGUGGGCAACUCGUUGGUGUGCUAUGUGUACUAUGUUAAGUUCAAGCCGUCCAACAACCGCUGUUUUAUUGUUAUAAUCGGAAUUCUAGAUCUACUUACUUGUGUUGUCAGCAUACCACUUCACAUUCUGGAAUUGAAUUACAAUGCAACAUUUGGGACUUUCGGGUUAUGUGAAUUAAUAAUGACGUGCGUAACCUUCUUCUCCAUGUCGUCUGCUGCUGUGUUGGUGGUAGUGGCCGUUGAUCGCUACAGGAAGAUAUGCCAGCCCUUCAAGAGACAGAUGACCCCCUUUUCAGCCAAAAUAUCGUCCGUAAUAGUCUGUGUCGUUUCUGGGCUGUUUUCAAUCCCCUCGUCUGUCAUAGAUGGACCUAGAACUAUAUCUCUGGGUGAGGUUAAUGCCACAAUAUGCAGUCAAAGAGAUGAAGACUCUGACCUUCACAUAGUGUAUUCCGGUAUUCAGAUUUUCCUUUUUGUUGGAGCCUUAGUGUCCCUCGUUGUGCUGUAUGGACUGAUAUGGCACCAGAUUCGUAGAAAGCAAACUAUCAGAAGGCGAUUUUCAGAAUGCAAAAAUACAGACAACACUCUAAGGCCAUGUUUAACAGGUCAAACACAUUCUGCAAGAACGUCAGAUAAUGAUUGUUGCCAACCACUCAACUGUGACACCACUCAGGUUGGUGAGGAAAACAAUGCAAACACUGUGAUUAGAACGCAUACCUACAGACAUGAAGCGGACAAUGGAACACCUUUGAAUCUUAUACAGAACAAUGUGAGAUGUGAGAGUGGUUCUCAGUCCAGGAGUGACGAAACAGUCAUUACCUACUGCUUUGGUCAAGCCAGUUCACCAUCAUUCAUGCCAGCAUUGUCGACACUACGACCCACGUCGACGCCAGCACAUUCUCAGGGGAAACAUGGAACAGGCAAAAUUACGAUGGUACUCUUUCUUAUUACGCUUGUAUUCAUCUUGAGUUAUCUCCCUUAUUUGGCCCUGACCGUUGCCAGAUCUACACAUCCCGACAUCCUCGACGAGACACCUGUAGCUGGGGCCAUCUUGGAGAGAUCAUACUUCAUACAAAGUAUCUCCAAUCCACUCAUAUAUAGUUUCUGUAAUGCUAUAUUCAGACGACGCCUUAGGUCGAUGUGCCGCUGUACUCAAAUGAAAUUCCUUUGAGUACCGCAUUUCAACAUUUAGUUACUUAAGAUGCUUUAGAAAUCUAAGAUAUUAAGUGUUGCUCAUACUCUUCUUACAAACCGAGGAGGGGGAAGGGGAGGGAGGGCGUCCUGUCAUUUCCAGGUGUACCCACCAUAU